CUCGACAAGUACCGCCCCGAGUCCUCGCGCUCCACCCGCUCCCUCUCCCGCUUCCCAAACCGCAACCGCUUCAUCUCUGACUACAUCUACCACGUCACCGGCAAGCGCAGGACCGCAAAGCAGGUCGGCAGCCGCCUCCAGCAGCUCCGCGACACCUGCGGCGGUAAACGC